UACACAUUGAAUCAACGCAACCAAGCAGUUUUCCAAGAUAUCUGCAGUCAAUCUUGACCCAAUAGUACAAACUAAUAUCUAACAAAAAUGCCACAACAAAAGAAACAACACACCGUAGCCGUCAUCGGCUCCGGAAACUGGGGCUCUACGAUCGCCAAGAUCCUCGCCGAAAAUACGGCAUCACACCCAGACCUCUUCACCCCGAAGGUCCAAAUGUGGGUAUUCGAAGAACAGAUCCAGAUCCCGUCCGACUCCCCCCACCACUCUAAAUACGGCGACAAGCCCCAAAACCUAACCGAGGUAAUCAACGCCGUGCACGAGAACGUGAAAUACCUACCGGGGAUCAAGCUCCCAGAGAACGUGGUCGCGAACCCGGUCCUCGAGGACGUGGUGAAGGACGCAACGAUCCUGGUCUUCAAUCUCCCGCAUCAGUUUAUCGAGAAGACGCUGGGUCAGAUUAAGGGGAAGCACUUACCGUAUGCGCGGGCGAUAUCGUGUGUGAAGGGCGUGGAUGUGACGGAUGGGAUGGUGACGUUGUUUUCGGAGCUGAUAAUGGAGAAGUUGGGGAUUUAUUGUGGGUCGCUGUCUGGGGCAAAUAUUGCGCCGGAGGUUGCGGCGGAGAAGUUCAGUGAGACGACUAUUGGAUAUGAUACACCGCCGAUGGAUGUCAAGGCCGAGGAUGGAAGUCCAGAGGACAAUAAGAUUAAAAUUGAUGAGCAGAGACAAGUGAGAACGAGGCCGACGCAUACGAAAUUGACACGGGUGCCACAGGAGCUUGUGACGGUUGAUGCGGAGCUGUGGCGGACGUUGUUUGGACGACCGUACUUCCAUGUCAAUGUGGUGGAUGAUGUUGCGGGCGUUGCGCUGAGCGGUGCGCUGAAGAAUAUCGUGGCAUUGGCGGCAGGCUUUGUCGCCGGGAAAGGAUGGGGAGAGAAUGGCAAGGCAGCAGUUAUUCGGGUUGGGGUGGUGGAGAUGGUGAAGUUUGGACGGGCUUGGUUCCCACAGUCUGUCAACGAGAGAACGUUUACAGAGGAGAGUGCGGGAAUUGCUGAUCUGGUCGCGUCUUGCUCUGCUGGAAGGAACUUCCGAUCUGCGAAGCAUGCCGUGGAGAAGGGAGUGGGCGUAGACGAAAUUGAAAAGACUGAGAUGAACGGGCAGAAGUUGCAGGGGACAUCCACUGCGAAGUCCGUUCACGAAUUCCUUGAGAAGCAUGGUAAAGUGCAGGACUUCCCUUUGUUCGACGCUGUAUACGGUAUCCUCGUAGGCAAGACCAGCGUGGACAGUUUGCCAAAGUUGCUGGAUAAGAGGUUCAGUUAGACUGAUACUGAGUCUGUAAAGCUAGGAUGCUGGGAUGGACUGUAUAUAAAAAACCGGCCCCGAAGACCUUCCAAUAAACACUGAUAAACAAUUAAAGACGAGAUGAAUUGACCA